GGUCAUCGGCACUUGAGCUGCGCUUCACCUUGGUGAGAGCUAGCUACGGGCAGGCCGCUCACAGCUACCAGACCGAGAGACGCAACCUGCAAGUAUGGGCGGUGCUGGCGGACCGGCGUCAAUGAAUGGGUAAGGUAUCUCUGACUGUAGUCUGUACUACCUCACGCAACUUGUUAGUCGCCAAGCCAGCUCAGCACGGCCGUCCUGUCGUAACUCAGAUGCUAGGGCUGUGCCUAAUGUCAGACCCCGGGUCUCUCGGCUCGCCUCUCUGCUCUUCGAUCCAGUUGCGCUGCGUGCUUCGCCGUGUCUCAUUGCCUUGUUGCCUCUUCUCGUGCAUCUCGCCUGCACCCGUCUCCGCAUGCCGCCGCCAUCACUUCCCAAGACGUCAACAAGCUCAAGGCUAUCGAUUACGUUGCUCCCUGGUUGGCGCUGCUGCCGGGAACGAGCGGACAAGGGGGGUGGGCAUGGCAUUGCAUGGCGGUAGCAUCGCAUCGUCCAUGGGGGGUGAGUGGGAAGAGGGCUUCCUCAGAAGGGGUUCCCGUGCGGCAGCCCGUGUACGUUGGUUGCACCCGUUUGUGGUUGCUGUCCCGAGGAGGGUGGGUAGGUUUUUUUUUGUUGGUUUCGUGACUCUACUACGUAGUAUGUCGAGCUGGGGCGGCCGUGAUGUUACAUGGCAUAAUGGGCAUACGGGCAGACGUGGUGGGCGACGAUGCGAUGCGAACGGGAGUUUGACGCCAACCACCAGCCCUCUCCGCAGCUCGCUCGCUCUGUCCGCCCGGGUUUCCUUUUGCGAUUGAGCAACGCGGCUACAGCUGAAGAUCGUCGAGGUGCGUGCUGACCUCCGGCUCCGGAUACGGAUAUCCAAAGACGACUACCUACUCAAGUUACCAGGUACUAUCAUGUCGGGAGGGGGAGCACAGACGACCGCGCAGGUAGACAAAACCGACGACGACAGACCUGACGUUUGAUAGAACCGUCAACUUGCUGGUACAUGCCAGCUAUUCACAUGUCUGUAUUUUCUCCAUCGAACAACACUAACUUGUAAGUA